UCUGCUAUAGUAGUUGACCGUCUCUCCCGUGGCCACAGUCCACUGAGGCUCCCAUUCAGUCAACAUGGGUCGGUGGACGCUACACAACAUUUUAUUUCUUGUGCUUCUCUGCAACUCCAAUGGACAGUCUGACACUAGAAGAAGACCCCCCUGGCUUGACAGAUUUACACCAAUAGGCAAAUACUGGGAUCUCCAUGACAUACCAGACCCGACGGUCAGAAUUACUUCUACACCGAGGUUCACUCUUCUGGCUCCAGACCUGCUGAGGACAGACAGCCAGGAGAACAUCUACCUACAGGCAGAUGGUCUAUCCAACCCCGUCACCGUCUCCAUCUCCAUCCAGGACUUCAGUCAGACCACCACGCUGUUCCAGGACUCUGUCACACUCAAUCUGGAAAAUGGAUUCCAUGCUCUCAAGUCUAUACAGCUUCCCUCGGAUCGUUUGAACCGUGAAGAGAAGAAGAACAAGUUUGUCCAUCUGAAGGUGAACUUUGAGGGCUUCCACUCAGAGGAGAGGAUACUGAUGGUGUCCUUUCACUCUGGAUACAUCUUCAUCCAGACAGACAAACCCAUCUAUAACCCUGGAGAUACUGUUCGCUUCAGAGCCUUUGCGUCCUCUCCGUCCUUUAAGGCCUUUGACAGCACCAUCACAAUAGAUAUCCAGAAUCCAGACAGUGUUGUGGUUAAGCAGAUCUCCAGGAUCAGAGCUGUUGAUGGCAUCUUUGCAGACACUUUUCCUCUCUCUGAAAUUGUCAAUGAAGGAACAUGGACGGUUACUGCAAAGUUUGACCACUGGCAGCAGAACACAUUCACCUCCCAGUUCCAGGUGAAGAAAUACGUGCUUCCUGCCUUCAACGUUACCUUGACGCCCAGGAAGUCCUUCCUCAACCUGGAUGACAGUGAACUGAUAGUAGAGAUCUCGGCCAGGUACCUGUAUGGGGAGCCAGUCCAGGGGACGGCCUAUGUGGUGUUUGGAGUGAAGAUCAACCAAGAGAUGAUAAGGUUGCCUUCAGUGAAGCAGGUGUCAGAUCUUGAUGGAGGAGUCGUCAGACUGGGCAUGGGGGAGCUAAAGAGAGCUUACCCCAACAUCAGAUCUUUGGUGGGCAACUCUGUGUAUGUCAAGGCCUCUGUGCUCACCAAGUCAGGCAGUGAUCUGGUUGAAGCAGAGAAGACUGGCAUUAAAAUUGUGGAGUCUCCUUAUGUGGUAUCCUUCAAAGACAUACCAAAGUACUUCAAGCCAGGCCUGCCCUUCGACUUGACAGUCCAGGUGACCCACCAUGACGGUCCCCCAGCCCGUAACGUCCUGGUCAAGUUGAAUCUGCUGGACACACCCCUGGUCGUUUCCUUCGGCACCGCCAGAGCCACCAUCAACAUGCCCAGCGAUCAAAGCCCACAAACCAUCACUGCGGAGACCACACAGGCUGACCUGAGACCAGAGCAGCAGGCCAAACAACAGAUCACUGUUCAGCCAUACGUCGCCUUUAACCAGCGGCAGCAGAACUACCUGUACAUCUCCACAGGGACCAACACGGUGUCUGUAGGAGACAGACUGUCCCUGAAGCUGAGCAUCAUUACAGCAGACCAGACACACAGAGAACUCAUUAAACACAUCACCUACCUGGUGCUGAAUAAAGGCAAAAUCAUUGUUGCUGAUCGUGUAGAUGUGUCCAGUCAGCUGGUCACCGGCGUCGGACUGAUGGUCACCCCGGAGAUGAUGCCGUCGUUUCGUUUUGUGGCAUUCUACAGUAUUCCCUGGGUGGGGCGCGAGGAGGUGGUGCCGGACUCCAUCUGGGUGGAUGUGGCAGAUUCCUGUGUUGGAGGGUUGACAGUCGGGCCGGUGGACGGCAUACUUAGAGACUACACGCCUGGGAAGAGUUUUGGUUUUCAGGUCAGAGGUGAUCCAGGGGCAAAGGUCAGCCUGGUGGCUGUGGACAACGCUGUAUAUCUGCUCAACAGGGACAGACUUACACAGGGGAAGAUUUGGGACGUGGUGGAGCAUGGAGACAUCGGCUGCACCCGAGGGGGAGGCAGAGAUGCUACCGCAGUGUUCUCAGAUGCAGGACUGCUCUACGCCUCCAGCACCGGGUUCAAAACCCAAAGCAGACAAGCCCUGAAGUGUCCAGGCAGUGCCAGAAGGAGGCGCUCUGUUGAACUGUUGCAGCGUAAAGCCCAGCUGGAGAGUCAUUACAAGGAGAAGCUGCAGCGUCGCUGCUGUAAGGACGGCCUCAGGGAGAUCCCCAUGCCGUACUCCUGUACGAGACGCUCCCUCUACAUCACAGAGGGCUGGGAGUGCAUCCGGGCCUUCCGCUACUGCUGCUCCACUUUCAGGAACCAAGUGUUUGACACCGAGAUUCCCACCACCCCACCACCCAUGACCACAACUCCUCCCAUGACCACAACUCCUCCCACCACCUCCCCUCCACCCAGGCCCACUUUUCUAUUCGAUCCUUUUCGUAGGGUGGAAGUAUCUGCUCGAGAGAGAAUACCCCUCUCCCGGGAUACCUUUGAUUGGGGACGGACACUUGGAUUACCUGGACCACCUGGACGUCCUGGACUUACUGGACUUAAACGGCAGAUGUCACAUACAAAUGCAUUCAAAAUGGAGGAAGAAGAAAUGGUGUCAGCAAUGGCAAGGGAGGUAGUGGAGGAAGAGGAGGAGGAAGAGUGGGAGUACCUGGAUGAGACUCAAGUGUAUCUGCGAUCCAAGUUCUACGAGUCUUGGCUGUGGAUGGAUGUGAACCUGCCUAUCCAGGCAGAGAGCGACGGGUUGGCGUCUAAGAACGUGGCCAAUCCUUUACCUGACAGCAUCACUGAGUGGGGAGUUCUGGCCAUCAGUGCAUCACCUCAUACAGGUUUCUGUGUUGCCGAGCCUUACAACUUCAGAGCAUGGAAGCAUUUCUUUGUGGACCUGAAGCUGCCGUAUUCAGUGGCGAGGAACGAACAGGUCGAGAUUAAGGCUGUGGUCCAUAACUACGGCUAUGACGACCUGCAUGUGAGGGUGGUGCUGAUGAAGACAGAAGGCAUGUGCAGUAUUGCCUUCAAGGACAGACACACACAGGAAGUGACGCUGCCGGCCGGCUCUUCUGUUGUGGUGCCUUACACCAUCGUUCCGCUGCUGGUGGGGAAACUUCCUCUGGAGGUGAUGGUGGUCGGCAGAGACAUGAUGGGAGGAGACCGCGUCCAGAAACUUCUAAGGGUGGUGCUGGAUGGAGUUCAGAAGACUGAAGUUUGGAGUGCGGUGUUGAACCCGUCUACUGAGGGAGGAACACAGACGGUUCGUGUGGGCCAAAUCGAACUUGAGUCAGUUGUGCCGAACUCUGUGCCAGAGACAUUCAUCAAUGUCAGAGGCAGUGUGUUGGCAGACAGCAUUGAUAACUCCAUCAGUGAGGACUCUCUGGCCUCUCUGAUCCAGAUGCCUGGCGGCUGUGUGGAGCAGAACCUGGCCACCAUCACUCUGCCGCUCAUCGCCACCCUCUACCUGGAGCGAACCAACAGCUGGGAGAGUGUAGGGGUGCAGCGCAAGGCUGAGGCUCUCCGAUACAUCAGGAGAGGCUAUGAGAACCAGCUGGCAUACAGAAAGAGUGAUGGCUCUUAUCCCCCCUACAGGAGAGAAGGCGCGAGUACAUGGAUCACAGCGUACGUGGUGAAAGUUUUCUCCAUGGCUCACUCCAUCGUUGGCAUCAACGAGCAGCAAGUGUGUGACCCUCUGCUCUACCUGGUGAAGAACAAACAACGGCUUUCCGGAGGGAACUUCGUAGAGGACAACCCAGUUUACAGCACUACCAUGACUGGCGGUCUCCAGGGCGGUGACCCAGAGACAGCCCUGACAGCCUUUGUCCUCAUAGCGCUCGCUGAGGCCAAGCAGGCAGGGAUCAGCUGCAAUGAUCCAAACGUGAACGUAGAGUUAGUUAUCCAUAACACAGCUGAAUACCUGAAGAAAGCGCUGGUGAAGACAGGGAGGAGACCGUACACUGUGGCCAUCGCCUCCUACGCGCUGGCUCUGCUGGGGAAGACUCAACACUACAACCCGACACAAUCUUUACUCGAAGCUGCAGCUCGAGGUGGCAGCCACUGGCCCGACAGUCAGAACACCCUGUUCACCUUGGAGGCGACCGGCUAUGCCCUUCUGGCUCUGGUCAAGUUGGGACGCAUGGAGGAAGCUGCAGCGCCGUUUAAAUGGCUGAACAGCCAGCGGAGGAGAGGAGGAGGCUUCGGCUCCACUCAGUCCACCAUGGUGGUGCUCCAGGCGCUGUCAGAGUACCUGAUUAACAAACCUCCACCUGAUGACCUCAGUCUGGAUGUGGACGUCAGGAUAACAGGACGCAAGGAAAUCCGCUACCAUUUCAACGCCAAGACCGCCUAUGCUGCUCGCUCAUCCAGGUUGCCCACUAAUCUUGAUUUGGAAGUGGAGGCUCGGGGGAAUGGACAGGGAAUACUGGAGGUUGUGACCUAUUACAACCAGCUGCAUGAGGUUGAUGAGAAAAUGCCCUGCAAGGACUUUGAGCUCAACGUCACUAUUGAAGAAUCCAGCGAAAAGCCUCCAGCAGAUGUAGAAAAAUCCUAUCAGAUCACCAUCAAAGUGAGGGCUUUAGGACCCAGAGAUGUCAGAAUGGUGGUUCUGGAUAUAAGUCUGCCCACUGGCUUCACUCCAGAAAACUCAGACCUGGAGAUGUUGUCAAACUCAGUGGACCGUUACAUCAAUAACUUCCAGAUUGUUGAUAACCUGAGUGACAGAGGCUCACUGAUCAUCCACCUGUUCAAGGUGUCUCACAAAGAGCCAGAGAUCUUGGUGUUCAGGCUUCAGCAGAGCUUCAAAGUCGGCCUCCUCCAGCCAUCCUCAGUUACUGUCUAUGAGUAUUACAACCCAGAUCACCGCUGCAGUCGCACCUACACUCCCAGGGAGGACAAAGAGGAGCUCUCACAGAUCUGCAGGGACAAUGUCUGCCGCUGCACGCAGGGUGACUGCUGUGUCUCCAAAACCGACAGUGAAAACUUCCCCAGCAAAGAAAGAGAGACGUUUGCCUGCAAGACAUUACAUCACGUUUUCCAGGUGAAGGUUCUGAGUGUCAGCCAGAGUUACUACGACAAGUACGAGAUGGAGAUUACAAAAGUUAUCAAGCUGGGUGUGGAGGCUGGAGUUGAAGUGGGCCAGAAGAGGUUUUUUAUGUCUCAUGGAGGCUGCAGAGAUAACCUUAACCUGAAGCAGGGCUCCAAGUACCUCAUAAUUGGCCCCAAAGAGGACCAGUGGAACAUUGACAGCGAUAACAACAGAUUCAUCUACAUGUUAGGAAAGGACACCUGGGUGGAACGCUGGCCUUUGCCCGCAGAGUGCUCCAGCAGUCCCAGCCUGCAAGCUAAAUGCAAGAACCUUGAUGAUACUGCAUAUGAACUGUCUGUCAACGCAUGCAGGCUGUAGAGGUGUACCUCAUUCUCCUGUGCCAUUUUGUUGCAAAGUACUACACACAGCCUGUGCAAUAAGAGAAUAAAAACAAGUUGUGUUUUCGCUGUGGAAAAGAGAACUGAAAGUGGAGCUAGUUUUAGAAACAUACCCAUAAGGUUUUUCUAUACUGUAAUGAUAUUAUAAGAAUGAGGAACUAAAUACCACUGGCAGCAAAAAAGUAAUAAAAGUACACCAAACUGCCUCCUCAAGGGUAUUAUAGCUUUUAUAGAAUGAUUAACAAUACAAAGCAAAAUUGUCAAACUGUCACAAUUGUUCUUCCUUGAGUCUGUACUACUAAAUGAAAUAGGCUUCUGAAAAAUUCACAAGUUGUGUUUACAAUAAAAGGCAUUAUGUAAUUUA